AUGCCAAUAUUCCUCUUCUUCCUCUUCCUUUUACUCUCUUGUGUACAAGUGGAAGUACUUUCCUGUAAUGAACUUGAUCGUGAUUCUCUUUUAUCGUUCUAUAAACACGUUUCCUUCCCACCAUCAGAAAUACCUCUCAACUGGUCAUCAGUCGACUGCUGCAAAUGGGACGGUGUAACCUGCAAUCGUGACUCUCGUGUCACCCAUUUAUCGAUACCAGGCAAGCGUAUUUCUGGAACCAUCACUCCCUUUCUUGGGAAUCUUACGUUUCUAUCUCACCUUAAUCUGUCCCACAAUCAAUUCUCUGGCACUUUUCCUUUCACAGUUUUUCGUACUUUGAAAUCACUUGAUUUGAGCUAUAAUCUUCUGUCCGGGACACCAAACUACAGCUUGCCUACUUCAAUUCAUAUAAUAGAUCUGUCUAGUAAUAGGUUUAAUGGGUCGAUUCAGUCUCCAUUUUUCAAUGGUGCUCCGCGUUUGAUUAGUUUCAAUGUUAGUAACAACAGUUUUACCGGUCCACUUCCGGUUUCUAUUUGCAUCACCUCAAGACAUGUAAGGAUGCUGGAUUUCUCCAUGAACAAAUUCAGUGGCAAUGUAUCACAAGGAAUUGGAAGGUGUUCUAAGCUGGAAGUUUUCAGGGCUGGCAUCAAUUCUCUCUCAGGAUGGCUUCCAUUUGAUCUUUACAGUGUGAAAACAUUGAGAGAAAUAUUUUUAGCUAACAACCAGUUUACAGGAUCUAUCAACAACAGUAUCUCUCUUCUCUCAAAUCUUACUGUUAUAGAUCUCCAUCAAAAUGAAUUGACUGGUGAGGUUCCUAAAGAUUUCGGGUUGCUGUCGAAUUUGAAUCAAUUGAUUAUUCACACCAACAGCCUAAAUGGUUCUGUGCCUCCAUCCUUGAUGAACUGCACCAACAUGAAGACGCUGCUUUUGCGAAAUAAUCAUUUAGGAGGAGAAAUCGCGAGUCUUGAUUUUUCCCCACUCCAGAAACUGGAAGCCAUUGAUUUUGGAAACAAUAGCUUUGUGGGUAACAUUCCAGUUAGCCUGUGCUUGUGUAGAUCCCUGACUGCAGUUCGAUUUGCAUUUAACCAGUUGACGGGCGAAAUCCCAGCUUGCUUGGCUGGCCUAAAAUCUUUAUCCCAUCUCUCACUUUCCGACAAUUUCCUGUCUAACGUUGUUGGAGCUUUAAAAAUUCUGAUGCGAUGCGAUAAUCUCGAAGUUCUCUUCCUGUCAAGGUGCUUCAAAGAUGAACCGAUGCCGAAUGAUGACCAUUUAUUACAUCUAAAUGGGUUACAGAAUCUACAAAUUCUCACUCUGGGUGGAUGCGGACUCAAAGGUGAAGUGCCCUCUUGGAUUGGAAAGUUGAAGAAACUGAAAGUGCUGAAUCUGUCUUACAAUCAAAUUAGAGGCACAAUCCCAAAAUGGUUGGGGAGUAUGCCAAACCUGCUUGUACUAAACAUCACUCGAAAUCACCUCACCGGAGAACUUCCUCGCGAGAUUGGCAACCUUAAAGCUUUAGUUUCAGACGAGACAGACCCAAACUUGAGUAAUUUAGCAUUGCCUUUCUUAUUCGACACUCUCCAGUACAAUCGACUAUUCAACUUGCCAAGGGGAAUCAAAGUUGGGAAUAACAGUCUGAGUGGGAACAUUCCAGCAGAAUUAGGAAACUUGAGACUUCUUAGAGAAUUGGAUCUCAACGAUAACGACUUCAAUGGCAGCAUUCCAAGCGAAUUAUCCCAUCUUGUCAAUUUGGAGAAAUUGGACAUGUCAGGGAACCAUCUCACCGGAGAGAUCCCGGAAUCGUUAAAAAAACUUCAUUUCUUAUCUGCUUUAAAUGUGGCAAACAAUGAUUUAGAAGGAGAGAUUCCAAAGGGUGGUCAGUUUGACACGUUCACAAACGCUUCAUUUGAGGGGAAUCCAAAACUUUGUGGGUCAUUACUGCAAAAAAGUUGCGCCGGAGGUCAAGAUGAAAUGUUGCCGCCGGCACCGGCGACGGAAGAGUUGGGAACUUCAUGGUACACUAUUCCCUUUGGUUUGGGAUAUGCAGUAGGAUUUUUUGUGGUCAGCAUCAGUUUCUUGCUCAGGAGUUCAUGGAAAUGA